AAAACGCCGCACCAGGACCCUGACCCCGGAUGCUGGAAAGAGUUCAGGGCAUCUAGAACUUCACUAAGGCUAUUGCGCAGACUCUGCGUCCCACGCAGGCUUAUUAGGAAGAAGCCAGAAAAACUGCUCCGAGACACGUGAACCACAGGGGACCAACCCCGGCCUCCGCUGAGCACCGCAUCGGAUUCUGGAAUUUACAAUCACGAAAGUUCUAUCGCUCCAGGAUUGGCUCCCAGGCCGCAUGACAUCAUAGCGCUUGAUCCAGCCUCCGGGCGCGGAUUGGCUGGCCGCGCCAUUGUGACGUCACGGUCAGCCCACGCCGGGGUUGAAGCUGCCGGGCGCCUUCCUCUUGCAUCGCGGCAGCCGCUCGCUCCUGUUCCCGCGCCCGCUUGCACAUCCUGCUGCUCGCGCGCUCCUGCUCCCGCCUGGUGCUCCCCGCCGCCGCUCAGGCCGAGAGGUUUUAAAAUGGAACAUUUUGAUGCAUCACUCAGUACCUAUUUCAAGGCAUUACUGGGCCCCCGAGAUACAAGAGUAAAAGGAUGGUUUCUUCUGGACAAUUACAUACCCACAUUUGUCUGCUCUGUCAUCUAUUUACUAAUUGUAUGGCUGGGGCCAAAGUAUAUGAAGAAUAAGCAACCAUUCUCUUGCCGGGGAAUCCUAGUGGUGUAUAACCUUGGACUCACCUUGCUGUCUCUCUAUAUGUUCUAUGAGUUGGUGACAGGUGUGUGGGAAGGCAAAUACAACUUCUUCUGUCAGGGAACACGCAGCGCAGGAGAAUCAGACAUGAAGAUCAUCCGCGUCCUCUGGUGGUACUACUUCUCCAAACUCAUAGAAUUCAUGGACACCUUCUUCUUCAUCCUUCGCAAGAACAACCACCAGAUCACAGUCCUACAUGUCUACCACCACGCCUCCAUGUUGAAUAUCUGGUGGUUUGUGAUGAACUGGGUUCCCUGCGGCCAUUCUUACUUUGGUGCGACACUCAACAGCUUCAUCCAUGUCCUCAUGUACUCGUACUAUGGUCUGUCCUCUGUCCCUUCCAUGCGACCCUACCUCUGGUGGAAGAAGUACAUCACCCAGGGGCAGCUGGUCCAGUUUGUACUGACAAUCAUCCAGACGAGCUGUGGAGUCAUCUGGCCAUGUACCUUCCCCCUCGGGUGGUUGUAUUUCCAGAUUGGAUACAUGAUUUCCCUGAUUGCCCUCUUCACGAACUUCUACAUUCAGACCUACAACAAGAAAGGGGCCUCUCGGAGGAAAGAGCACCUGAAGGGCCACCAGAAUGGGUCCACGACUGCGGUCAACGGCCACACCAACAGCUUCCCCUCCCUGGAAAACAGCGUGAAGCAGAGGAAGCAGAGGAAGGAUUGACAAGCGGAGGCGACCCCUCCGGACCACGGCGUGUGAUUGUAAGCACAGUAUGAGUUGUGCCCUGACGCUCGUAACAGCUGCUGUCACUAGUCUGGCCUACUGUAGUGUGAUUUAGGUAGGGCCUUUUUCAUCAGUUCCAAACCCCUAGAGUAUGUAUACAGAUUAUACAAGUAGGCAUACGAUUUCUCCCAUUUCUGGGCUCUCAUCGACCCCUGCGCUAGACUGUGGAAAGGGAAUGUUAUUGUAGUAUACGACACUGCUGUUGCCUUAUUAGUUAUAACACGAUAGGUGCUGAAUUGUGGUUCACAAUUUAAAACACUGUAAUCCAAACUUUUUUUUUUUAACUGUAGACCAUGCAUGUGAUUGUAAAUGUAAAUUUGUACAAUGUUGUUAACAGUAGAAAAACACACAUGCCUUAAGACUUAAAAAAAGCAGGGCCCAAAGCUUACUAGUUUAAUUAGGGUAAUGUUUCAACUUUGUAUUCAUUUGUAAUAGCUCUGUUUAGAAAAAUCAAAUAUGUGAUUUAUGAAACUAGCGUGUGAUGUGUAACGUCAGGUGACUUGGAGAUGCGAGAUGGACAGCACCUUCCGUUUUCUGAUGCUGGCUUUGAAGAGGCAGUCUAGUGGGACAGUCAGCUUAACUUUUUAACAGAUCUUAUUUUUUUAUUUUGAGCGCCACUGUUAAUGUGUUUUAAAGAGGUGGGGAAAGGGUCCAAAGCAGUCUGGAGACACUUGCAUAUCUCUUCUUGGUCCCCCAGAGUCUAGGGCGACGGUAGGGUGAGCAGGCCACUUGACACUUCUGAAGUGCUUAGUGUUUUUAUACAGGAGACGGAAAGUCCAUUCUCCAUCCCUCCAUUUGGGAAGAAGAGAAAUACCUUUCAGGAAGGGUGAUUAGACACUCACCAUGUGACCGUCACACGGACCAGCGAUGGGGAACUGGUUGCCUGGGUCCAUAUUUUUUAUUGUUUUUCUGUAGUGCUAUUUUGACAUAUACUUCCUUUUAAAAUGUGCCUAAUUUACCAAAAUUUACCAAGAGACCAGGAAGCACCUUAAGUAUUUUGAGGUAAAAUUAAAGAGGUAGCUAGAGCAUGAAGGAACCGGGCAUUUGGGGAGUGAUUUUAUUCAGUGUAUAUCUUGGCAGCAUUUAUAAUUUUUUUUUUUCUGCUUAGCAUCUAAAGAUUGGUUUCAAGCGCUUGUUUCAAAGUAACAGACUACUUAUCUUGAAAUCGUGUCUCGUGCACCUGAGGCGGUGAUCAUACAGAUGAGGACUCUUAAACGUGUGUCGUUUUUAAAGUGUUGAAAGUUUAGCCUUUGAAUACCUUCUGCAUUGAAAAAAAUUUUGUUGAACCACUCACGACACAUCUUAGCAGAUGAUUGACAAUGUAUAAACUAAUUGUGGGUUUGAUAUUUAUGUAAAUAUCAGUUUACCAUGCUUUAAUUUUGCACAUUCAAUUAUAAGGAGCCAAUUGGUCCUAAUUAGUCUUGUGGGUUUUCUGUUUGGAAGGAGUUGCAGCAUCUGUUUACAUUUACCUUAUGAAAUCUAGAAUGUGUAUAUUUGUGUGUGUCUUCAUCCUAGGUACCAGUUUGCAGGUGUCUUUACAUAUUUCAGUACAAAAACUAUAACAUUCAGUAGUGUGCUGUCAACGUGUGCUUAGCCUGUCUGGAUAUACCCACACUGUUAAAUAAUGUCUAAACAUUAAUCAUUAAAACAUUUUUGAUUACCA